AUGUCCAUCGAAAAUCUCAAGGUUAAUGAUCCUUUCGCCGACGACGUUGGUGAUACCCAGCCAAAGAAUUACGUCCAUAUUCGUAUCCAACAGCGCAACGGUCGUAAGACGUUGACGACUGUCCAGGGGUUAUCUAAGGAUUACAGCCCGAAAGCUCUUCUCAAGGCUUUCAAGAAGGAAUACGCCUGCAAUGGCACCAUCAUUCAGGAUAAAGACAUGGGGGAGGUGAUUCAGCUCCAGGGAGAUCACCGUACUAAGGUGAUGGAUUUUCUCACCGACAAGGAUAAAGACAAGAUGGGCAAAUACGCUUUGGCCAAGGAAAACAUUAAAAUCCACGGAUUUUAA